AUGGCACUGCGACGUCCACUCCUCUCCUUCGUCCGUUCUGUCUCCCCCGUCUCUUCUCCCAAACCACGACGCUUUUCCACGCCCUCGCCUUCCUCGACACCCAAAGACUCGCACUCUCGUCUGCGCAAACUAAAUGACCGUCUCCCAUCUUUCCUACGCUCCUACACAACUCCAUUGCUCGGCGCACCAGUAACGCACAUCACGUCCUUCCUGAUUCUUCAUGAGUUGACGGCUAUUGUGCCACUGUUUGGAUUAGUGGGGGCAUUCCAUUAUGGGAAUUGGACGCCAGAUUGGGGUUCUGACGGUGCGAUUGACGAGGGGAUUCAGCGGUUUGGGAGGUGGUUAAAGAAGAAAGGCUGGGUGGAAGAGGCCGGUGUGUCGUCUGCGAACGACGAGGUGCAGUCUAGAGAAUCGAAGAGUGAGCGGAAAGGGACAAGGCUGGUGCUAGAGUUUGCAACUGCUUAUGCCGUUACCAAGGCACUUCUGCCAGUACGCAUUGCGGUGAGUGUGUGGGCAACACCGUGGUUCGCAAGGUCCGUUCUGGCCCCGCUAGGUAAAGGAGCGAGGACCUUGUUUGGGAGGAAAUAG